AUUAUCAUCUUGAUAAUUCCUCAAUUUCAAAAAAAUAAAAUAAAAUUUAUCUUGAUUGUUUCUCCACAUAUAUAUAUAUUAACUAACCUCUAUUAACCAAUGUCAUUAUUCUCUUUUAAAAAUUUUGAUAAUUCCAACGUAACACUAUCAAUUUUUAAUCUAUGCCUCCUUUCCAAAUUAAGCAUCUACUAUAUUUGGUGAUUGUUGGUCUCUUGAUGACAAUAAAGGGAGGUACAAGCCAAGCUUGUGCAGCUUGCAGGUUCCAACGUCGAAAAUGUGCCCCCGAUUGUCUAUUAGCCCCUUAUUUCCCCGCCGAUAACCCUAAGAUGUUCCAAUGUGCCCAUCGAUUGUACGGAGUGUGUAACAUCACCAAAAUACUUAAAAAACUAGAUACCAAAGACCUAAAAGACGAGGCUAUGAAAUCUAUUAUAUAUGAGUGUGAAAUGCGUCAAAGGCAUCCUGUUUAUGGUUGUUCUUUUGCUAUGUGGCAACUUAAUGAUCGAUUGAGUCGACUUCAAGAGGAGCUUUAUUACGUUCAAUCGUGGCUAGCUAUAUUAAAAAAUAAAGAACAUAGUCUAGGCCAUGGCCUUGUAACGGUUGAUCCUACCCACCCAUCCUCUAUCCAACCUUCACAACUUCAACUAGACUCGGCCCCAAAUACUAGUUAUAACCCGCAUCAUCAGUCUAGCGUUGAUAUGUACUUAGCCCCGAACAAAUUUCUUGUAGGUGACAAGGAUGUUGCGUUUGCUGAACCAAAUGAAGACGUGAAGCCUUCGUUGUUAUUGCAACAACAACAACAACAAUAUGGUGCCAAUAAUAACUAUUGUGUUAAUAGUUUUAGUAAUAAUGAAAUGAAACAAUUUAUGAUUUCACAAGGAAUUCCUCUACAACAAGAACUUGAUGAGAUAUCUCAUAAUCAUUAUGAUGAUUUGCCUUUCGAUACAAUUGCUGAUGAUCAACAAUCAUACAUCGAGUCCAAGGGUGUUUGUGAAUCAAGUGCUGAGUCAACAAUGAAGGACAGCAUACAAUCAAUGGAAACAUUUUCUCAAAAUCAUGAACUUAAAACUGCUGCUGCAUGCUUCAGUCUUACCAGCGUUAAUUGA